CGAACAUUUGACUGAGGGACUGGCGUCCGUGAGCAGCGGCCGUGACACCAUGACAAGCAACUGUUCAUUUGACGGGGUGGACAACCUGAUGAAAUAUUUGGAGCUGGCCAUAUACCUGCCCAUCUUCCUCAUUGGUCUAAUUCUCAAUGUUGCAGCGCUCUUAGUGUUCUGCUUCUUUCUGCGGAAAUGGACAGAGUCAACUAUCUACAUGACCAGCUUGGCUCUGAUGGACCUGCUUCUCCUCUUCCCUCUUCCCUUCAAAAUGCACGCCAACACUCACCGCUGGCCUGCUGACCUCCAACCUCUCUGUUCGAUCUUGGAAGGCCAGUAUUUUGUUGGGAUAUAUGGCAGCAUCUACACCAUAAUGUGUAUAGCUGUGGACCGAUGGGUGGCUAUCUGUCACCCGUUCAAAGCCAAGCAACUGCGUUCACCCAAAGCAGCUCUGUGGACAUGCGUCGUGGUCUGGGUCCUGGUGCUGGCAGUGAUCUUUCCAAUCAUCUAUCGCUUCAGAGAGGCCGGGAAGGGGGACUUUCACUGUUUCCACCAGUUUUCAGAGAAAGGCUGGAGCCCUCCGGUGAUCAUCUGUCUGCAGGUGUUUGGGUUCCUGGGGCCUGCACUGGUAGUGGUUUACUGUUCGGUGCGGACCAUCUGGGCACUUCAGCGGUCUGGCCAGCACAGCCCCCAGAGCCGGGCCUGUGUGAAGAUCAUCUACAGCAGUCUGAGUGCCUUCCUGCUGCCUUUUACCCCCAGCCACCUGGGCAUCCUCCUGCAGUUCCUGGUACACCAAGGAAUAAUUCAAGACUGCGGCAACAAGACCAGGAUUAGCCUUUUUAUACAACUAGCUAUGUGUCUGUCCAACAUUACCUGCUGUCUGGACGCUCUGUGCUACUACUUCAUUGCUCAUGAGGUGAGAAGCCCCAAACACACCUUCAGGAUAUCAAUGACCAGCCAAAGAAAAGCCACCUUCAGCACUUCCUCGGUCUGAACGUAAAGACAAUACAAGGUAAAACAUAUAUUUGUCCUCAUUGGAUGCCUGGUAGUGAAUAGGAGAUCUGUUAUCUUGAGUUUUAGCAGGCCAGUGCAACUAAAAAAAGAGCCAGUAUUGUUUCCAGUAGCUGAUAAGCAAGUGUAACAUGCACUAAGAGUAACGGGUCGGAGUGCAAUCUCAACAAACAACAGUGCUUGAGAGUGAGGGUUGGGGAAAGGCUCUGACAAUCUGACAUAUAAUUUGGUCCAGUGACAGGAAGCCCCAUAGAUGCCUGUGUAACCUCAGAGAGCUCUGAUACUCAAAAUGUUGGCUGCAACAAGACACAAUGUGACUUCUUUGUGCAAUGAUUUAUGGAUAAGCUUGUGAGAUGGAUUAAGGCCCUUUCAGGUUGUCCAGUUCUGCACACUGAGAAUCUGAUGUGGGGUACAAUCAAUUUUAAAGCAGUGAAACUGGACACCAGCAGCUCAUUGUAGAGCUUUGCAGUCUACUGUAUAACUCAAGAAGUCAAGUCAAAGGCGCAUGUAAGAUCAGUGCUGAUACACUUUGCCACACUUUGAUUCACAAAAUACAGUUAGUAAAUUGCAAAACUUCUUAUAAGAUACAGCUAACUAUAAUAACAAUCAUAGGUUUAUUAUGUUGCAUAUGUACAAUGCAGAUUUACAUAAAAGGUCAAGUUGAAACCAGUAAAUAAUUAAGUAAAAUUAAACCUAUGUAAUAAAGUAUUCACUUACUUAGUAUAUGAAUAAAUCAAGACACCAACCAGUUGAGAUCUAAAAACACAUUAAGUAAUUGAAUUGAUAAUUUAUUUGUAAUAACUAUAGCUUAAUGACAACACAUCUUUUUUAUAAACUUUAACUGAUACUUAACUAAUUUUAUUGUUUUCUUAAUUGUUGACUUUCUCUUAGUUUGGUUCUUUGGCAGAUUGUGACUUGUUAAGAAAUAUUACUGACUUGUAAUACGGGUAACUACAUCUAUCGUCAUUGAUAAGAAACUGGAAAUAUAGCAUCAGAAAUAUGUUUGAACCCGUACAUUCUGGGAAUUCUGACCUGAUUAUUCUUUUAGAAUUGAAGUUACAUUUAUGUAUCCAUCCUAUUAAUUAUCAUAGAAAUAAAGCCUGAGGCUGAGUGACAAAU